AUGGCGGUGCCCGGCACCUUCCUCACACCCAUCCUCCUCCUCGUCUGUGGCCUGAGCCCCUGCCUUGCUGCUGCCCACAGCCCCCCAGGGGUGGAGUGUGUCCUCUUCAACGAGGAGUACAUGACCUGCACGUGGGGGAGCAGAGAGACGCUCACAGCCAACUACUCUCUCUACUACUGGUAUGAGAACAGGUCUCCUGUGGUGGAGUGCAAGCACUACCUGCAGGAUCAGGGCAUCAGCGUUGGCUGCCACUUCAACCAGAGCGAGAUCAUCCAGUUCCAGUCUUUCCGUGUCCUCGUCAAUGCCAGCCUUGGUGGCAGGACCCUGGAGAUCCCCAGUGAGCGCAUGGAACUGCAGGACCUGGUGAAACCGGAGGCGCCUGUCAACCUGACCAUCCGUAACACAAGCAGCAACCAGCUGGAGCUGACCUGGAACUCCCCGUACCCCAAAGCCCACUGUCUGGAACACGCUGUCAAGUACAAGAGCAACAAGGAUACCAGCUGGACGGAGCACCGGGUGAAAGGAGACAUCUUCUCCUUCCCCAGCGUGGACUACGAGAAGUACUACACCUUCUAUGUGCGCAGCAAGAUCAACAGCUACUGCGGCAACACCCAGCUCUGGAGUGAGUGGAGUGUCCCCGUGGUCUGGGGCAGCAACUCCACCAGCAAGGACGCCGCGGAGGAGCAGCUGCACUGGUUCUGGAUCCACACAGUCUUGAUCCCUGUUGCCUCCUGCCUGCUCUUGCUGGUCCUUGUCGUCCUGCUGGUGCGCAUGGAAAGGGUGUGGGUCAUCCUCAUGCCCCGAAUCCCCAACCCCAGCAAGAACUUUGACGAGCUCUUCAUCACCCACAACGGCAACUUCCAGGAAUGGGCUGGAGUCCCCAAAGACGUCAUGGAGAGCUUCAAGCCCAACUACAGCGAGAACAUCUGCUACGUGAGCGAGCUGCCCCCCAAGGACAUGUAUGAGCCCCUCUGGGAGAACAGCAUACCAUCUGUGAUGCCCGGGGCCCUGGCUGCCCCCUGCAAGCACAGCCCCACCAAGAACAGCCACGCGGGAGUGUGA